AUGACAACUUAUCCGGAGCUCCAAACUUUUCUCCUUUCUUUUUUGCCGUUCAUCAUUUUGAUGAUCUUUAUUCAUUUUGGAUGGCUUUCAUUUAUACUAUUAUAUGGCUGUAAGGACAUAGCCUUUUCUCCUUAUGGGGAAUACUGGCGGCAGUUGAAGAGCAUAGUCAUAUGCCAUCUUUUAAGUAAUAAGCAAGUCAAGUCUUUCAGAAGAGUGAGAGAAGAAGAGAUAGGUGUUACAAUUAGCAUGCUUACAGAAAGUUGUGGUUCAAUAGUUGAUUUGGGUGAAUUGAUGGUUUCACUUGCAAAUAAAAUAACAUGUAGGACAGCUCUAGGAAGAACCUAUGAUCAUGGAUCAAAGUUCACAAAGUUAUUGACAAGGUUCAUGAAUAUGCUAGGUGUUUUUUGUGUUGGGGAUUACAUUCCAUGGUUGUCAUGGGUGGAUCGACUCAAAAUUUUAGAGGGAAAUGCAAAGACAAUUGCUACACAAUUUGAUGAUUUUUUUGACUGUGUUCUUAAAGAACAUAGAAGUAUGAAAAGCAGGGCUGGUCCUGAAAAAUGA